AUGUUCAGUUUCUCACUCGGUAACGUUCUCCACGGAUACAAGUGCUCAAGUGUAGGGAAGUUGGAACCGCCCAGAACUGUAUUGGCAUUUGGUAAAGUGCCAAAUGCAGAGACAAAGAAAGAGAACAAGACAGCGAGCAGAGCAGUAAGAGAGAGAAACAGAGAUCCAGGAGCCGGUGAGUCCCCGGCAACCGGCCUUCCUUCGAUGCGUCCUCGCCUCCCACAAACAGAACCGAAGUCGUCGACUCUAGGGCUUUCCGGUGAAGAUUCUAGCGAGCAGAGUUUAAAAGGUAGAGAAGAGAAAGAAUACGAUGACACUCAGAACCCGGUUGAGAGAUUAACCGACGAUGGUUCCGACGGUGUUACAACCUGCGUCAAUAACACUUUACGACGACAUUUUGAUCGUUGUGGUGUUGGUAGUCUUUGGUGGCGUAGAGUAGGGUUUGUGACGAGAGCAACGAGGUAUGUUAGAUCGGAUGCUGCGCCGGCUCUUACAAUGACGACGGUCAAGCGGUUAGGGUUUCGAUCAACUUUCGUCGCUCACUUAACCAUAAAAACCACCCAACCCUUUAGUCAUGUUGAGCAUGCACACACCCACAAUCCCUUACUGAACCACCCCAAACCACCACCAGCUGCAGUUAGAAAGCGGCUCUUCAUCAGGGCUCCGUUCAGUAUCACAUUGUUAUUCAUUUUAUCCAUCUUACUCAUCAUUCUGAACCAACAAGUUCUAGCCACGAAUUCAGCAUUGCUGUAAAAAUAUUUCCGGAAACACUUGCAAGCUGAUUGCUUGAAAUGGCAGAGAACAACUUUCCAUUUUAAACCCGAGAAAAAUUUCAUUUAUGAUCCUAACGAUCCGUUGUUUCACAUGGGUUGGUAUCAUUUAUUCUAUCAACACAACCCGUAUGCAUCGGUUUAGAACAUGUCAUGAGGUCACUCCGUGUCGAAAGACUUGAUCAACUGGUUUAAGAUUCCUGUUGCUCUCAGCCCAUCCGAAUGGUACGAUAUUGAGGGGGUUUUAUCAGGGUCGACCACCGUCCUCUCCAACAGUGAAAUCUUUGCAUUGUACACGGGAAACACUAAUAUUUUUUCCCAGUUUCAAUGCAAAGCGGUACCAGUCAACAUAUCUUAUCCACUUCUUGUAGAGUGGGUCAAAUAUGACGGCAACCCAAUCUUUUACACUCCACCAGGGAUUGGGUUAAAAGACCAUCGGGACCCCUCAACUGUUUGGAAGGGUCCCGAUGGAAAACACAGGAUGAUCAUGGGAUCUAAACAAAACAAAACGGGACUUGUAUUUGUUUACCAUACCGAUGAUUUCACGAAUUACAAGUUGUUGGAUGAGCCAUUGCAUUCGGUUCCCAAUACCGAUAUGUGGGAAUGUGUCGACUUUUAUCAGGUAUCAUUAACCAACGAUAGUACCCUUGAUAUGGCCGCGUAUGGGCCGGAUAUAAAACACGUUAUUAAAGAAAGUUGGGAGGGACAUUGUAAGGAUUGGUAUUCAAUUGGGACCUAUGAUGCAAUAAACGAUAAAUGGACUCCCGAUAACCCGGAACUAGACGUGGGUAUUGGGUAUCGAUGUGAUUACGGAAGGUUCUUUGCAUCCAAGAGUCUUUACGACCCGUUGAAGAAAAGGCGGGUCACGUGGGGUUAUGUUGCCGAAUCAGAUAAACAUAACCAGGAUCUCACUAGAGGAAGGGCUACUAUUUUUAAUGUCGGAAGAACCGUGGUACUCGAUAGAAAGACUGGGACCCAUCUACUUCAUUGGCCCAUUGAGGAGAUCGAGAGUUUGAGAUACAACGGUCAAGAGUUUAAUGAGAUCGAAUUAGAGCUGGGUACGAUCAUUCCACUAGACAUAGGCACACCUACACAGUUGGAUAUAGUUGCUACAUUUGUGGUGGAUCAAGAUGCAUUAAACGCGACAAGUGAAUGGAUACUAUUGAAAAACAUACCUUAGGGGGUACGGGGCACCAUGCGGGGAGGCAAGCGGUGACCCCAUUCCCCGAGCGGGAA